GAGUUAAGCGAGGAAAUGUUUCAUUUUGUUAUAAGCAAGCAAAUAAAAAUUAAAAAAAAAAAAAACAGACAAACAAUAGGUGCAGUUAACAAAUGUAGAGAGAAUUCUGUAGAAUGUUAUAAUAAUAGCACAUGAUGCUCUCUUUCUUCUUCUUCUUCUUCUUCCUCUGUGUCAACUGCAUAUAACAUAUAUAAAGACGUCCAACUAAAUGUGGCCAAUCCAUACUUGGGCCAAUUCUUUUUUUUCUUUCUUUUUUAAUUCCUGAGAGAGAGAGAGAGAGAGAGAGAUAGAAAGAUCAAUAAGAGCAAAGAAGCAAUCAGCCAAUUUGUGGUUCUUCAUUUUGUGGAUUCAUUCAUCAUUUUUCGUUUGUGUUUAUGAUCUGUUCUGCAGCAAGAACGAUUAUUAUUACACCAAGAAAUCGACCCUUUUUUCCAGUCUCUGUAUCCACCAAAAUUCAUGUAAAGCCGCCGUUAAUCUUUAAAAGAAAAUCAUCGUCGUCGUUUUCAAUGGCAAUAGAACCGUCCUCGUCGUCUUCUUCUUCUUCUUCUUCAACGUCGUUAAUUUUGACGUCAGGUGCGAGCGGACGGAUAAAUGCGUUGUUUUCGGUUAGAGCGUUGAAGAGUCUUUUAAUGCUUAUAAACGCUGUCGUUUUACUGCUUUUGCUUCCGUUUCGAGGUCGAAGAAGGACGGUACCGGCUGAGAAGGCUAUUAAUAAUAAUAGCAAUAAUAAUAAUAAUAAAGAUGUUGAGGAUUGCGGUGGGGCCCUGAGGAAAGGGUCCACUAAGGUGCGGGUUCCAACGACAAUUGUGCCUUGGAAGAGCAGUGCGUCAUCGGUUGGUGGUGGUGGUGGUGGCAGUUCGGUGGUGGUGGUGGAUCAAGAGGUGGCCGCGAGGAGGGCGUUGGCAAUAAGAAGGGUGACGCAGGAUGAUGACCCGAAUUGCGACAGGGACUUUUCUCUUUUUGUUACUGCCAGAGGUGAUACCAUUUUUACCCAGUUGUGGGCCCCAGUUUCUGUCAACAUUAGGGGAUUGGUUGUUCUUAUGCAUGGCCUGAAUGAGCACAGUGGCAGAUAUAGUGAUUUUGCCAAGCAGUUGAACUCUCAUGGAUUUAAGGUUUAUGGAAUGGAUUGGAUUGGACAUGGCGGAAGUGAUGGGCUUCACUCAUAUGUUCAUGCUCUUGAUUAUGCUGUCAAUGAUUUGAAAUCAUUUCUUGAUAAAGUUUUAGGAGAGAAUCCUGGGCUUCCCUGUUUUUGCUUCGGACACUCAACAGGAGGUGCCAUUGUCCUCAAGGCGAUGCUGGAUCCAAAAGUUGAAGCCCGCGUAGCAGGAGUAGUACUGACUUCACCUGCAGUAGGAGUUCAGCCAUCCCAUCCUAUUUUUGUAGUACUAGCCCCAAUUUUCUCAUUUUUGUUGCCAAGGUUCCAACUCAGUGCUGCAAAUAAGAAGGGCUUGCCAGUUUCUCGGGACCCAGAGGCACUAGUGGCCAAAUAUUCGGACCCACUGGUGUACACUGGAGCAAUCAGGAUAAGAACUGGAUAUGAGAUUCUCCGGAUUACAACUUACUUGCAGCGGAAUUUAAGCAGACUGAGAGUUCCCUUUCUUGUUCUCCAUGGUACUGCUGACACUGUAACUGAUCCGGAAGCUUCACAAAAACUGUAUGACGAAGCCUCCUCCACUGACAAAACCAUCAAAUUACUGGAAGGAUUUUUACAUGAUCUUCUGUUUGAGCUCGAGCGAGAUGAUAUUGUGAAUGAAAUAAUUGAGUGGUUGAGUCGUAGGGUAUAGAGCGACAAAGCUAAUUAUUGGACAUUUAGUCUACAGGAUUAGAAGACUCCAUAAUCAGAUCAGCAUCUCUAUGGGUUUGCAGCUUGAACUUUCCAAUUAACUAGGCAAGCUACAUUGUAAUGCUGCUGAGUAAAAUUCAGCACGUUCUUGUUGAAACCUGAACCAUUUUGCUUUUUGGUUGGUUGUAAUGUUAUUUCUGCACUAAGCAUUGCAGCAGGCAUCCUUUGCUUUCUUUUAUCAGGCAUGGUGUUGAUACCUGAGGACCUACCAGGUUGACUAUCGAGUCCCCGAGUCUGCAGGUUGUAGUGGUUCGAUCAAUGGAUGAUACCGGGAGGAGAUGAAGAAGAUUGAAGGCCAAAUGAAAGGUUGCAGCUGCAGCACCAAGAGUGGCUUCAUUAUCCCAUGAGAGCCACUAAGUUUGAGGCAAAAUCAAUGUACUCGGCUCCCAGUGGAUCUAGUAACAGCUUUUUGCUUCUCACUUUCCCAAUAUAUUAUUCAAAGAAAUAAACAACAGCCAUUUACAGAA